CAUCAGUCUCCAGCUUAUCCAGCGUUUGCUCCCCCCACUCGGUAUCUCAGCUUAGUGAUACUUCUCCUGCCUCUGCUGCCUCUUUUCUCUCCUCCUCCUUUUUCCACUCUUCCUCCUCCUCCACCAUGGUGAACAGAUAACCGGUUGGCUGCGCUUAGACCAUGGGUGCCUGCCUCUGCAAAGGUCACAAAGAGCUCCACUUACCCCCAUCAUUGCUGCACCAGACUGAGGAAGGUCAGUCAGCUCCCAUCAAGGAUGGUCAGAAUCCGUCCAACGGCAGUGUGGCAGAUAAAUCCAGUCGCUAUGACAUUGCAGAGUUGGCUACAUCCUCUCUGAUAGGCCUGGUAGCCACGAUAAAGGAGCACAUCACCAAGCCCACAGCAAUGGCUCAGGGACGAGUGGCUCACCUGAUUGAAUGGAAAGGUUGGGGUGGAUGUGGUGAGGGUGGGCGAAGCGGGGCCGGGUGGAGCGGAGGCUGGAGUAAAGGAAGCGGAGGAUGUGGGGGUAUGGGGACCGAGCUGCAGGAGGAUGAGCAGUUCUAUUCCCAAAUGACAGAUGAAAUCAAAGAGGCCCGUUUUGCUGCAGGUGUAGCAGAACAGUUUGCCCUGGCCGAGGCAGCAAUGAACAUGUGGUCCAUGAGUGAUUGCUUGGAGCAGCCAUCCACCAGCUCACAAGCUACGGAGGGCCACUUCUUGUCCAAAUAUCUGCUUGACGGAGGAAGUGUUGGUGUCCCCCAGCAUCUGUACAGCAUUCACACCCAGACUUAUGGUGACAGCAUUGCAACCAGCCUGAUCCACCCACCAUUGGUCGGCUCGAUUUCCGUAACAUGUUACCCUCAGCAGGAUGUUGAUACUCCCUUUGAAAACAGAAGCAUGGUGACAGCAGAAGCUGCCGUCCGCCACGUCGACAGCAGCUCUCUGUCUGAGGACGACGUUUUUUACAACUAGGCUUGGGACCAAAAGAUGCUGCCCAUCACAGUGGAAAUGUCCAUUAGAGUCAGUGAGGUUUGAAGUCUCAUCCACCAGCAAUGAUUGUUCUGUAAGACCUUUUGAGACAAAACUCUUCAAAAUGCAUCAAAUGGAAGGAUUUAAAGGCUUGACCUUGAGAGACUACAAAUACUAUUUUUGCUUCUGCUGGGUAGGCCUAUUCUUCAUGUGAAUGUACAGUUUAACUGUGACAUUUUAGUUUUUUAUUCUGCAUUGAAACCAUACAGAGCUGAGCUGUAAAGAGUUGAAUGACUUUGGUGUAAAUACAUUGCUAUAAAGCAUUGGUUUUAAUAUAAUGUUGUGGAUCAAUUUUUCUCUCACACUCUUGACAAAAUGAGAAUAACGGGAAAAACAGAAAAGUCUGUCUACUUUAAGUUUCUCAGUUGAAUAUGGAGGGAAAAAACGCCUUCCGUCCAAUUAUCUGUCUGAGUCGGAAGCAUGAUUAGCUAUAAUUCACACUUUUCUAUUUGAGAGCCCCAGGUGCAGGGUGAAGAAACAAGGAAGUACAGAGAGGGAGGAGGGGAGCAGUUCAUGUGUGGUCGGUGUGUGAUUCUGUAAGUACGUCAGCAAGCCUGCGUGUUUCAGAGAGACAGGGGGAUGCUGAAUGGAGCUGUUUGUGCGAUUUGUCAUCAUAUUCCUUUGAGGAAUGUUUGCACAAAAUGACACUGCUAUGCAUUGUGGCUGUUUCCCCCUUUUAUUUGUGAUCAGACAGAAGAUGUGCUUAAACAAAUGGUUUUCAGUGACUCAUCAGACUCCAUCAGGAAAGUAUAGAAGUAAUGAUGGUCUGGUUCCCCACUGCAACAAAAACAUGUGGGGUUACUUAGGAUGAAUACAUGACACAAAAAGCCAAAGGACAGCUGGAACAAUAGAGACGUACAAUGUAAAAAUACUCAUUUUCAGCUUGAUAAAAAGCAGCACGCACAGAAUAUUAUUUUCAGCGAAGAAGAAAACAUUGUCAGAGGACAGUGGCGGAUCUGGGAAAAUUUACAUACGUGGGCAAAGGAGGCACAAAAGGUCUAGGCAGGGUGGCAAUGCGGGACCCUCUUCAUUAAAGUUCAUUGAUCUAAAAAGAAAAAAGUGAAAAUCAGAAUGAUCAAAUACAGUUUUCACUCCAUUUCUGCAUUGUAGGAUUUGCUUUUAUUAUGACAUAAAAUUUUAACAUAAAUUGACUACAUCUAUAAAGCCUGGACUAUCUAUCUUCAUAACACACCUGUGGACUUGUACAGAUAAUAUCUCUGCACUGGAAGUUAUACCGAGAAUAAAUCCACACCAGGUGCUCCAGCUGGAUAGCCUGGAUUCCUUGACUCUUUGCCGUUCUUCUUCCCGUCUUCUUUCUCUCUUUCUGACUCUGAAAUCUUCUCAUCUGCUUACAAUAACAUAAUUUUCUUCAUCUUGACUCAUUUCUUCACCCACUUUAAGUGGCCUCCUUCACCUGUGACCCUCCUGGUCUCUCUAUCAUUCUUCUUUCUUUAAAUCUCAGAGUGUUCUUCCUUCUCAUCCCUCACUUUUUUCCUGUUACACUUCGUCUGUCACUUCAGCAGACAUUUCAUUCAUUGCAAACUUAAGUUGCCUUUACAUCACCUGAACAAACGGACUCUAACUCCAGAAACUUGAACAGCUCAGUUGCUCCUCUCUGCUGAGCUGCAGACAGACUGCCUCGUUAAUGUGCUUGAGAGGCAGACUGUGUUUGAUGCAUUCCCGUAAUUAAGUUUUCAGGGACCUCAGAUUUGAUCUACAAUUAUAUACCUAUUGAUAAAUUAAUGUUUAAUUUAAAAACUGUAAGAGGCUUUUGAACAAACAAGUGAUUAGUUAUUACAAGAAUUUUAAGGACUUAAAAGUAGGAGGCCAGCUGGGGGUCUACAGGGUCUAAAGCAGGGGUCCCCCCCACCCCCCGUAGAUCCCCCUGUCAGAGCAUAAUAAUCUGCUCAAUAUUUUUUAAUUCAAUUCAAUUCAAUUCAGUUUUAUU